GCUGCCGCCGGAGCUCCCUCCCCGCCGUCGGGGAUGGCGCGGCUGGCAGCGCCCGUGCGCGCCUGAGGCGAAGGGGCGAGCCCGCCGCCGCCGCGGGAGGAGGAGGAACAGGAGGAGGAGGAGGAGGAGAGAUGAAGCGCUUCCACCCUGGGGUCGCGCUGCUGCUCUCGCUGCUGUGGGAGUGUACAGAGGCCAAAAAGCAUUGCUGGUACUUUGAAGGAUUAUAUCCUACAUAUUAUAUAUGUCGCUCCUAUGAGGAUUGCUGUGGCUCAAGAUGCUGUGUAAGAGCUCUCUCUAUCCAGCGACUAUGGUAUUUUUGGUUCCUUUUGAUGAUGGGAGUUUUGUUCUGUUGUGGAGCUGGUUUCUUUAUCCGAAGGCGGAUGUACCCUCCUCCAUUAGUAGAAGAACCUACUUUUAAUGUGUCUUACACCAGACAACCAGUCAACACUGCAUCAGGGUCACAACAACCUGGAGUGCCGUAUUACACAGACCCAGGCGGACCUGGGAUGAAUCCCAUGGCCAUGGCUUUCCACGUGCAGCCCAACUCCCCACAAGGAAACCCGGUUUACCCACCCCCACCUUCCUAUUGCAACACACCACCUCCCCCAUAUGAGCAGGUGGUGAAAUCCUCCACAUGAGGACUCUGGCUCUCUGACCUGACUGUGUGAGAAGAAGGUGCAAUUGCAAAAUGACCAAGAUGGAGGGCACCUGCCCUUUUGAACACUUGCUGAUUCUCCAAGUCCUCUCUCCUUCCCUUCCCUGCACCUUUCCUCAUUAAAGUUACUUGCAAAAGGGUGAUUUUUAAAUUUUUUUCUUUUUUUUUUUUUUUUUUUUAAGUAGAAGUGGAUUUUUUCUUUUUCUUCAAAAUGAGAGAAGUUGUCUUUGUAAUGCUUUUAAUGGAAACCUAUAUUUAAAACCUGUA